AUGGCCGAAUUUGAGAUUCGUGGAUUACACAUCCAAUUGGAUGAAAGCCAAAGAGCUUGCACAGCAAUGAUUGAAACUGCUACAAUCAUUCCUGAUCUGCAAGAUGAAAUGGAAGCGUUGAGAGCUCAAUUGCGGGUACUCCAACGUCCGGUGGGCAAUGGGCAAGCUCCCGUACCCGAGUAUGCUCCUAGGCUCAGAAUUCCUGAACCGUGUACCUACGGAGGGGCACGUGAUGCAAAAGAAAUCGAAAACUUCUUGUUUGAUAUGGAACAGUACUUUCUAGCAGCUUCGAUCGAAGAUGAAGUUAGAAAGGAUAAACUCUUCACCUUUAUGGAAGGGUUGAAACCAUGGACACGUACAGAAUUUCAAAGACAGAAGGUUACUGAUUUGAGCACGGCCAUGGGAGCCGCUGAAUGCUUGAGCGACUACCAAACAGAUUCUAGAAAAGAUCGACCUUCGGGGAGUAAUCAAGCAAUUGGAGGUGGUAACAGAUCUUACAGACCCAGCUCGAACCCAAAUGGGGGAGAGCAUUACUCUCAGAAUAGAGAAGGAGCCUAUCAAAGCACCCGUGACUUUCAGGGAAACUAUCCUAAUAGCCGUCAAGGAAAUUUCAACGGCAGUAACAGUAACAACUGGAACAAAGGAAAAUUAGCAAGUGACGGGUCAAGUUCAAAGCAAGAGAUCCCGCAGGCUAAUUGUCAUAAUGAGACUGACUCUGAAGAGGAUGAGGAAGUAGUUGGGGCAUUUUCACAUCGGUGCAACACACUGUCGCAUCGGGUUGCUAAAAAGGAUGAUCUCCCAUUGAAAGAGGCAAAGAUGGAAGAAGCGAAGGCUCGAAUUUGUAGGGCCAAAGGCUUAAUGUACAUUGAUGUAAAAGUCAAUGGGAAGCCAAUCAGGGCUAUGGUGGAUACUGGUGCUACCCACAACUACCUUGCAUAUACCGAAGUAGAGCGGCUCGGACUUGUUCUAGAAAAGGGUAGUGGAAAGGUUGGGAGGAUGGGCGAGAAGAGUAUCUCGGCCAUGCAAUUUAGUAAGGGUUUCAAGAGAAAUGAACCCUCUUUUUUGUGCACUCUUCGAUUAGAGGAGAUCGAAGAAGCAAAUGGUCCUAUUCCAAAACCCGUUAAAAGGCUUAUUCAGGAAUUUGAGAAUAUCAUGCCGGAAGAAUUACCAAAGAAAUUACCACCAAGAAGGACGAUUGAUCAUGAGAUUGAACUUAUUCCAGGAGCCAAACUUCUCGCCGGGGCACCAUACCGUAUGUCUCAGCCUGAGCUUGAAGAGCUUAGGAAGCAAUUGGGGGAAAUGUUGGAGAGUGGAAUCAUUGUGCCUGCGAAGUCGCCAUACGAAGCUCCUGUAUUGUUUCAGAAAAAGGCCGAUGGUUCUCUUAGGAUGUGCUGCGACUAUCGAGCCUUAAACAAGAUUAUUGUAAAGAAUAGCUAUCCUAUCCCACUGGUUGUGGAUUGCUUCGAUCGACUGAGUCGAGCGAAGUAUUACACAAAAGUUGAUCUUAGGUCCGGAUACUGGUUGAAAAAGUUCAUGUGGACAAACCCGAUUUUAGCCUUACCGGAUAUGGCUAAACCAUUCGAAAUUCAUACAGAUGCUUCAGAUUUUGCCCUCGGUGGAGUCCUCAUGCAAGAAGGACAUCCAGUAGCAUAUGAGAGCCGGAAGUUAAACCAGACAGAACGUCGUUACUCGGCACAUGAAAAGGAAUUGUUAGCAGUUGUCCAUUGUAUUAAAGGAUGGCGUCACUAUCUGCUUGGGUCUCCAUUUAUUGUGAAGAUAGAUAACACUGUAGUUAGUCACUUCAUGUCCCAACCAAAACUAUCGAGCAAACAGGCUCGUUGCCAGAAAUUCCUUUCAGAGUUCAAUUUUAUUCGACGGACCGAUUUAGCUGUCAUCUGCUCUGUAGCUGCUCUUUCAGGGAGCGCAGUCUCCACGAACACUAGAGAACAAAUUCGGGCACUUAUGGAGAAGGACCCGACUACCCAAUAUUUGGUCGACCUUAUCAAGCAGGGUAAAACUUGA